CAAAUGAGAAACGGUUUUGCGAGCAGAUUCGUUUUCUCUUUAGUCCCGUUAUCACUGCCGGAGCUGAUAGCGAAAGCAAAAGAUGGAAGUGACCCCGCUGAGCAUAAUCCUGGUCAAAUCGGACAGCAAGGGCGACCGGCUGCUGUUCCGGUACCCGUUCAACGUGUUCAACGGCACCCAGUUCCAGACGAGCGUGGCCCCGGCCCGGAAGACGCCCUACUCGAUCGUCCACAACGGGGACGACGUCCUGCAGAAUGCGCCGCCCAUCGUGUCCAAUAUUUGCUUUGAUCAACUGUACGGAAUUUCGGACGACGUGCUGGCCACGCUGUUUGCCGUCAAGUCGGAACUGUGCAAUCAGAAGUUUGAGCUGAAGGUCAACGACGUCCGGUUCGUGUCGCAUCCGACGCUGGUGAAGGUGGACGGAGGGGAGGAUCAGAAGAACACGUCGUACUUCCGGAUUAAUAUUGUGUUUGCGUUGCACGCCCAGGCCAGCUAUUCGAUCGUCAAGUGUUACUACGAGUUGAGCAAGCGGAUCGGGGUGGCUUUGUUGUACGAGGAACGGCGCGUGGCCUAUUUGUCGAACGAGAUGAAGCAGAUGGUGGCGUGUAUGGACGAAGCUACGGCCGCGGUGCAGGAGCCUGACCAGACUGGGAGUGGGAAUAACAAUGCGUUCGAUACAAUCUUGAAGGAUUGUACGUUGGCACAGUUUAUCAAAACGAUCUACCACGAUCUGUGCACGACGGGACUGCUGAACGUGACGUUGAAUGAUUCGGUAACAUUGAGUUUUUGUUUGCCACAAAAGGCGCAUCAGUUUCACAAGAAGGGUGUGGUCGUUGAGCCGGAAGCUAUUGACAGGUGCCUGCAUGCGCUCAAGCCGUAUCACGGAAUGCUGCUGUUGGUCGAUCCGUCGGAAUUGCUGGAUUGUGUGCCUCCUUCCGGGGCACGAAUGUUGCUGCAGCUUAUCGAAGCGUACAACCCGUUGAAGAGUCUGCAGAACAUGGCGUCGGACGCCGAUCUGUUGAUUGAGAACGUGUAUCAACUGGUUGGCCACUUGGUGUACUGGGCCAAAGCGACCAUCAUUUAUCCACUCUGCGAGACAAACGUCUAUGUCAUUGCUCCGGAUGCUCAGCUGAAUAUUCACUCGAAUCUCCCGGACAAGUUCGCCACCAAGUUUCCCGGCAUGUCGCUAUUUGAGGUAAUUAGCGACUUUUCCCUUCCGACAUCGAUUGGCCACCUAACCACGCCACUCCAACACCCGGCACGGCAGGGACGACUGGCCCAGAUGGUCCUGUGGAUGCUCCAGAACCACCUGUUGAUGCAACUUCACACCUAUGUUCAAUUUAUCGCCGCGUACGACGACGAGGAAGAUUCAUCCGGGUCCUGUCGAUCGCUGGACAAGAUCAUUCAGAACGGAACUGCCCCGGAACAGCCAGCCCAGCCCAAGAUCAACGUUUGCAGUUCGCUACCGGCGACUUCCAGUCAACCACUGGCUGUUCCAAUCAACCGGAAGCACUCCCUUUCGGAGGAACUGUUCCCAGACAGUCUAACCCUUGCGUCGACCACUUCCAACACGCGACCUUCGUCCGCCAGUCACCGGUCCAACCGGACAACGACCUCCAGCACGGACAACGACGAAAGUAUAGCUUCGAUGGAGGACGAGGACAAAAUUAAGCGCCUCCUGUCGGCGUUCGACGAGUGUGACCGGCGGGCCAUCCUUAAAAUACCGGCCGCGUCCAAUCCGGACGACUUGGCGCUGAUGGUACGGCUGUGGCAGGCCGGAUAUUUCAAGGGCGAGCACCACCUGGAAGAAAUUAUGUACUUUGAAAAUCUACGCCGCUCUCAGCUCCUCCAGCUGGUUGACAAAUUUCGAGACGUGUUGACCAUCUACGAGACGGAAGAUCCGGCCAUCGCCAGCCUGUACACGGUGCCACAAUGAGAGCAAAAUGUAAGUAGCAACAAUAAAAAACUUUAUUCGAAAAAA